ACCCAGCCGCCACGUGUCAGCCCAACUACUGCGGCGGCUGUAACGCCGAGUUUUUCGACGAGGGCGGAGAAAUGGUCCACUGUGACGACGUCGUUUGCGCUGAAAACAGCCACUUCGACACGUGUGGACACGGAGCCUGCCAGCCCACAUGUGAGAACCCCGCACCCAUCUGUACACAAGUCUGUAUCGCAGGGUGUCAGUGUGACGAUGGAUUCGCACUGCAUGAUGGGCAGUGUAUACCCAUGAGUCAGUGCGAGAGCGGUGAAGAUGAUUCAGCCCCAGUGUGUAACGAGAACACAGAGCCCAUGCCGGGACAGUUUGUGAAACAGUGUGAGGAGGACGGCAGCUCAGCACCAACAGUGUCACGGCUCGACCGGCUUCUGCUACUGCGCACAUCCACAGGACGGAACCAUCUACCGUGAAACCGGCAGGAGGGGGGAGAUGGAACACGACUGUCAGGCAUACUGGCAGACAAAAGAACAAGAGACGGAAUGCCAGGCCCAGCUCCAGAACACAGAGCCCAUGCCGGGAAAGUUUGUGAAACAGUGUGAGGAGGACGGCAGCUUCAGCACCAAACAGUGUCACGGCUCGUCCGGCUUCUGCUACUGCGCACAUCCACAGGACGGAACCAUCUACCGUGAGACCGGCAGGAGGGGGGAGAUGGGACACGACUGUCAGGCUUACUGGCAGACAAAAGUGUGCGGUGAAAACAGCCACUUCGACACGUGUGGACACGGAGCCUGCCAGCCCACAUGUGAGAACCCCGCACCCAUCUGUACACAAGUCUGUAUCGCAGGGUGUCAGUGUGACGAUGGAUUCGCACUGCAUGAUGGGGAGUGUAUACCCAUGAGCCAGUGCGAGAUGGACACCCCAGAGAAUCUAGAACGUCGCCCAUGCCCACCCGGGGUUGGUGUGGCGAGAUGCCUACGGAACCCUUGUGAGAGGAGGACCUGUCCGGGACACCCGAACGCCACGUGUCAGGCCAACUACUGCGGAGGCUGCAACGCCGAGUUUUUCGACGAAGACGGGAAUGAAGUUGAAUGUGAAGAAGCUGCAGAUGAAGACAAACCAGGCACGUGCCCGCCUCCCUCCAGACGGCCGUGUAGUGGCGAGUCUUCCGACCGAUGCGAGGCCGACUCCGACUGCCCACGCCAACGGAAAUGCUGUCAGAUGCCCUGCGGCAAGACGUGCAUCAAAGUGAGGCACGGUAGACCUCACAAUUCCUCAUGCCCACCCGGGGUCGGCGUGGCCAGAUGCCUGCGGAACCCUUGUGAGAGGAGGACCUGUCCGGGACACCCGAACGCCACGUGUCAGGCCAACUACUGCGGAGGCUGCAACGCCGACUUUUUCGACGAAGAAGGAAACGAAGUUGACUGUGGCGAAGCCCCCGUCCCUGAGAGACCAGGCAUAUGUCCAGCACCUGCCUUCAGUGACGACCAGUGCCUGCUGAGGGUGUUCAGGAAAUGCUCCAUGGACGCGAACUGCAGAUGGAGGGAGAAGUGCUGUUUUAACGGCUGUCAGAGAACAUGUGUUCGUGUGCGCAGGAGACCUCCGCGACCAAACAGACCGUUCCCUGAGAGACCAGGCACUUGUCCGGCCCCCAGCCUGAGUGAAGCCGACUGCUCAGGACCGAGGCUGUACAGGGUCUGUACCACGGACAUGGACUGUACCAGGGUAGAGAAGUGCUGUGAUCUCGGCUGUGGACAGGAAUGUGUCCGUGUGAGGGGGAGGCCUACACCGGACGGACAGACACCAGGUACAUGCCCCGCCCCCCUAAGCGCUGACGAGUGCCUACUGCCGAGGCCGUACAGAACUUGUAGAGCGGACGGAGACUGUUCCAGAGGAGAGAAGUGUUGCGAUAACGGGUGCGGAGGGCCGCUGGAAUGCAAACGGCCGAUGCGGGGACCCAUGAGACGUAAACCUGGUACGUGUCCUGCACCGGAACGAGAGACAAGCUGUCGGAAGGGGGAGCGGAGCCAGUGUGACGGGGACCCUGACUGCCCUCGGCGGCAGAAGUGCUGCUCAGAUGGGUGUGUCAUGAUCUGCCAAAAUCCCGCACCGACAAGUGAACCAGAGACGGGAUGCCUGGCCCAGCUCCAGAACACAGAGCCCAUGCCGGGACAGUUUGUGAAACAGUGUGAGGAGGACGGCAGCUUCAGCACCAAACAGUGUCACGGCUCGUCCGGCUUCUGCUACUGCGCACAUCCACAGGACGGAACCAUCUACCGUGAGACCGGCAGGAGGGGGGAGAUGGAACACGACUGUCAGGCAUACUGGCAGACAAAAGAACAAGAGACGGAAUGCCAGGCUCAGCUCCAGAACACAGAGCCCAUGCCGGGAAAGUUUGUGAAACAGUGUGAGGAGGACGGCAGCUUCAGCACCAAACAGUGUCACGGCUCGUCCGGCUUCUGCUACUGCGCACAUCCACAGGACGGAACCAUCUACCGUGAAACCGGCAGGAGGGGGGAGAUGGAACACGACUGUCAGGCAUACUGGCAGACAAAAGAACAAGAGACGGAAUGCCAGGCCCAGCUCAGAACACAGAGCCCAUGCCGGGACAGUUUGUGAAACAGUGUGAGGAGGACGGCAGCUUCAGCACCAAACAGUGUCACGGCUCGUCCGGCUUCUGCUACUGCGCACAUCCACAGGACGGAACCAUCUACCGUGAAAC